AUGAACAGUCUUACCACCACCACUACGAAACGUCUUUUACAAUGCCUUUCCUCUCAUCACUCUAUAAAUCAUCAUGUUGUUCAUUCAUCCGUGAUGGACAGAGGAAUAUGUACCAAUUAUGUCAAAUACAACAUGACCACCACUGGAACAGGACAUCAUUCUCAUCAUGAUUCCAACCCUUCUUCAUUGCAUACUACCCAUCAAGAACACACCAAUGCAACUGGAUCUCCUGUAGAUUUAUCAACAGUGUAUGAUUUUGCACGUCAACCUUCUGCUCCGAUCACCUUAAAUAUGGUUAUGAACUUUGGUUUAAAACUUAACAAACAAACUCUUUUAAAUAGCUCUCAUUGGUUAAAAGAAGAAUUACCAAAACGUCUAGGAAGACAAGUCCGACAAUUAGACAAUUUACCAAAUGGAUUAAAUUUAAUGCCAUCUGUACGAUUAGUUCGAGAUUGGUAUAUGGCAAGCUUUAAUGAUAUUUAUUAUGCAAAAAAACCAAAAACAAUGGAAGAAGAAUUGCACUUUACAAAAAUUCUUCAAGGAAUUUUCACAAGACAUCAUCCAACCAUGAUUAGUGUUGCUAAAGGAGUGAAUGAGUUGAAAAUGAAAUUACGAGAAUCCAUUUAUCAAAAUGAUGCUAAUUUUGAUUUGGCAGAAUUUUCAGAGCUGCAUACGGCAUUGGAUUCAUUCUAUAUUAACAGAAUUGGAAUGAGAAUGUUAAUUGGACAACAUUUAGCAUUACAUGAACAGCUCACUAAACCAAUGAAUGGUUAUGCUGGAUUAAUUUGUAUGAAUACGAAUCCAUUGCAUGUUGCUAAGGAUGCUAUUGAGGAUGCUGCAGAUUUAUGUCGAAUGUCGUAUGGAGACGCUCCAGAAGUAGUGAUUAUUGGACGAACUGAUUUAGAAUUUCCAUACGUUCCAAGUCAUUUGUAUUAUAUUUUCUUUGAAUUACUGAAAAAUUCAAUGAGAGCUGUUGUUGAGAACCAUCAAGGUAAAUCACUGCCAAAGGUCAAUAUUAUUAUUGCUGAUGGAGGAAGUGAUAAAGAGAAUAUUUCAAUUAAGAUUAGUGACGAGGGAAAAGGUAUUCCAAGAAAGGACAUGCACAAGAUUUGGUCGUAUCUUUACACUACUGCAAAGGUGAAUCAGGACAUGACUAAAAUUGAAGAAUUCACAGAUAGUCACGCUCCUUUAGCUGGAUUCGGAUACGGGUUGCCAUUGAGUCGAUUGUAUGCCAAGUAUUGGGGUGGAGAUUUGAAUGUCAUGUCCAUGCAAGGCUUUGGAACAGAUUGUUAUUUGUAUUUGCAUUGUUUAGGAGAUAAGGAAGAAGUGAUUCAUUGA